AUGGCGCACAAAGAAAAAACAGUGGAAGAAAUAUACCAGAAAAAAACACCGAUUGAGCACGUGCUCCUACGGCCAGAUACAUACAUAGGGUCUGUCCAGUCAGAAACAAGGAACAUGUACGUAUGGAGCGAGAGCGCAAAGAAGAUGGAGCGGAGGGAAGUGACAUACACGCCAGGACUGUACAAAAUAUUCGAUGAAAUACUAGUGAAUGCUGCAGAUAACAAAACAAGAGAUAAGAAAAUGAAGGAGAUACGCGUUGAGGUGGACAAAGAAAGCUCAACAAUCUCGGUGUUUAACGACGGAAAGGGCAUUCCCGUGGUUAUGCACGCCAAGGAGAAGGUGUAUGUGCCUGAGCUGAUAUUCGGGCAUCUUCUGACGUCCUCCAACUACGACGACGCAGAGAAGAAAAUGACGGGAGGAAGGAAUGGAUACGGAGCAAAACUCUGCAACAUUUUCAGCAGCAAGUUCAUAAUUGAAACAGCGGAUGCAAAAAACAAAAAACUGUUCAGACAGGUGUACACAAACAACAUGCUCUCUAAGGAGGAGCCAGAGAUUGCUGAGUACAAAGGCCCCGAGUACACAAAGGUUAUUUUCACGCCUGAUCUUGAGAAGUUCGGAAUGCAAAAGAUAGACGAAGACUUCAUGUCGCUCAUUAUGAAGAGAGUGUACGACCUCGCAGGAACAGUGGGAGGCAUCUCAGUGUACUUCAACGGAGAGCUUAUUCCCGUGACAGGAUUCAAGGACUACAUCAGGCUCUUCUUUGACAGCGACGUAGAAAUCGCAUACGAGUCAAAGGACAGAUGGGAGAUCGCGUACGUACUGGGAGACGAGCAGUUCCAGCACGUCAGCUUUGUAAAUAGGAUAUCAACGCCAAGAGGAGGCACACACGUGAACUACAUUGCAGACCAAAUCGUAUCAGCAGUUGUGGAGCAGGCAAAGAAGAUAGAAAAAGGGCUCGUGGUCAGGCCCGUGCAGGUAAAGGCAAACAUUUUCCUGUUCCUCAACUGUCUGAUAGAGAACCCUGCGUUUGACUCGCAGACAAAAGAAACCCUCACCUUGAAACAGUCAUCAUUUGGAUCGAAGCACUCUCUUGGGCCCAAGUUCAUCUCGGAAGUGAUGCGGAGUGGAAUUGUGGAAAAGUCUGCAUCGGCAGCCAAGGCAAAGCAAACCCAGCAGCUGAAGAAAACAGACGGACACAAAACAUCGAAGCUCAGGGGAAUUCCAAAGCUAGACGAUGCAAACAACGCAGGGACGCGAUAUGCUGCACAGUGCACACUAAUACUGACAGAGGGAGACUCAGCUAAGUCCCUGGCUGUGAGCGGGCUGUCCGUGAUAGGCCGAGACAACUACGGAGUGUUUCCUCUGAGGGGUAAGCUCCUGAACGUAAGAGAGGCAACACACAAGCAGCUAAUGGAGAACCUGGAGAUAAACAACAUAAAGAAGAUCAUGGGGCUGCAGCACGGAAAAGAGUAUGCAUCAGCAGAGAGUCUAAGAUACGGGCAUUUGAUGAUUAUGACGGAUCAGGACCACGAUGGAAGCCACAUCAAAGGGCUUAUCAUAAAUAUGCUCGACCACUUCUUCCCGUCUCUCCUGCGCAUCAAAGGGUUUUUAAUGGAGUUCAUCACCCCCAUUGUCAGAGCAACGAAAGGGAAUAUGUCCCGAGACUUUUUCACCAUUCCCGAGUUUGAGUCGUGGAGCGAGACAGCAGAGGGCCGCGAGAACGGAUGGCGCAUAAAGUACUACAAGGGUCUGGGUACAAGUACCGCAAAAGACGCAAAAGACUACUUUUCGAAUCUCGACUUCCACAUUAAGGAGUUUACGCCCGCAGAUCCCAUAGACAGAGAGAGGAUAGAGCUUGCAUUCAGCAAAAAAAGAAUCGACUCAAGAAAGACGUGGCUCAAAGAGUUUGUGCCGGGUACGUAUUUAGACAACAGAGUGCAGGCUAUUUCGAUAAAGAACUUCAUAGAUCGGGAGCUGAUACACUUUUCUCUUGCUGACAACAUUCGAUCGAUUCCCAACGUGAUUGACGGGAUGAAGCCUGGGCAGCGAAAGAUUCUCUUCUGCUGUUUCAAAAGACAGCUGAAAACAGAGAUCAAAGUGGCACAGUUGGCAGGGUAUGUCUCUGAACACUCGGCGUACCACCACGGAGAGCAGAGCUUGUGCUCCACAAUUGUAAAUCUGGCGCAGGACUACGUGGGAUCGAACAACAUACCGCUUUUGCAGCCUAUUGGGCAGUUUGGCACGCGGCUGCAGGGAGGAAAAGAUGCAGCUAGCCCCAGGUACAUAUACACUGCGCUGGAUCCCAUCACCAGGUAUCUUUUUAAAGAGCAGGACGACAAUUUGCUCAACUACCUGAAAGAUGACAAUAUGCAGGUUGAGCCCGAUAUGUACGUGCCCAUCAUACCGAUGGUUCUAGUGAAUGGAUCAGACGGCAUUGGAACAGGGUGGAGCACGAGCAUUCCCUCGUACAAUCCGCACGAUGUGAUAGAUAACAUCAAGAGGCUGAUACGGGGUGAAGAGCCUCUGGAAAUGAGCCCGUGGUACAAAGGGUUUGUGGGAGAGUGCGAUGAUCUCGGUGGCGGAAAGUACAGGACAACGGGCGUGUAUGAGCAGGAGUCAGGAAAGGUAAACAUCCUGGAGCUGCCUGUGGGUGUCUGGACCCAGAACUACAAAGACUUUUUAGAAACUCUCCUGGAGUCGGGAGACGUAAAGGAUUUCAAAGAGUACAACACAGAUACAAAGGUGUACUUUGAAGUCAUCGUCUCCAAGCAAAAGAUGAACAUCGUGAAGACUUUCAAGCUCACAUCUCAGAUGUCAACGGCUAAUAUGGUGGCAUUCAACAGCAAGGGGGUUCUGCAGAAGUACAGCAACACUUCUGAAAUACUCAAAGAAUUUUUCAUUGUCCGAAAAGACUUGUAUGUUCGAAGAAAAGACUUCCUGCUCAGGAAGCUGCACACGGAAAUGACUAUACUGGAGAACAAAGUGCGCUUUAUCAAGGAGGUGGUUGAAGAGAAGCUGGUGAUUCUGAAGAGAAAGUCUGCUGAGAUCAUCAAAGACCUGGCAGACAGGGAGUAUACAAAGAAAGACGACUCGUACGACUAUCUUUUGUCUAUGUCGAUUAUGUCUCUUACCACGGAGAGAAUGGAAAAGCUGGAAAAAGAAGCAGAGAGCAAGAGAACAGAGUACGCCGCGCUCAAGAAUCUGAGCAUCGAAGAUAUGUGGCUUGCCGAUCUGGACGCGCUUAUGGAGAAUCUGGAUAUGACUGUGAGAGACGAUGGAGCGUACAAGAAAAAAGGAAGAAAGUCAAAGAAUAAAAAGCAGCAGGAAGAAGCUGCAAAAAAGGCUAAAUCAGAGUCUGCAGUAGCCGCGCCUGCAAAGAAAACAAAGAAAGAAAAAGUGUCUGUGCUGGACAGCGACAGCGACAUGUCUCAGACAACAGUGGGAGAGAGCCCGAAGGGGAUGGGAGGCUCCAAAAAGCCAGGCAGCAGGCCAGGCAGCACGUCUGCAUCGCCUAAGGCCAUUAACAGACCCUGGGACAAAAUUAUUCUAAGCUCUGAAGAAGACGAAUAA